CCGGCGCCCGCUGCCCUGCCCCCGCCCGCGCUACCGCCUCCGCCCUUCCGUGCCGACACCCCACACCGGCCAAGCAGCGCGCAUAUCCCCGCGCUCGAUGGACACGCCGCCACACAGAUACCUGCAAGACCGGUUGGCGCGGCGGGCCCGGACACCCCUGAGCGGCCCGCCAGCAACAACAAGCUGCAGCCUGGCGCUCGCGCCGCCGCCGACAGUCCCACGCCUGCACCGCCAGCGCCGCCUGCGCCCUCGCCGCUCUUCCCUUCGCACACCGCGUACCAAGGCCACGCGACCGCUGCGCUUCCUGACUAUCGUCACACGAACCACGAGACGCGGACGGAGCCGAGCGAGCCGGCGGGGGCGCCGUUGGACUUGCACGCGCACCAUGCACAACGGCCGCAGCACGCUCCGCCCUCUCCCCUCGCGCAGGCGCAUCCGCACGCCGCGUUGCCCGGCCGAGUGCCGCACCCGCAGUCACACCCCGUCAUGCCCGGACACGAUGUUCGGAAUCCCCCUCCCUCCUCACAACCUCAUCCUGUUCCCACUUCGUUUUCCAAUCGCAUCAGCGGUCUCCCUCAAACUUCUACCCCCUCCUCGAAUACCACCUGUCUUCCUAACCAGAAUGUCCCCGGACGGCCGCACUCUCCUGCCGCGUCCCGCUCGUAUCCCCCUACAAUCGGGUCUAGUCAUGUAAACUCGAGUAUAAGUUCCAGUAUUCACGGCCAUUCGAUUCCUUAUCAAAGUCAAACCAGUUUGCAAAAACAUUCCGUUCAAUCGCCGUAUGCGAACCGGCCGUCGCACCUCUCGUCGUUUAGCGUCGCGAAUCAUAUCGCUCCCAGUUAUAUACCAUCGACUGCUAAUCAGAUGGCGACUCAUUUAAGCCAUUCUAUCAACAGCCAUUCCAUUAUGAGCCACCAAAGUAUUCCCAUGAGCAAUUCCAAUCCGUUAGCGACUUCUACACCGAAUCACAUCGGUGCGCCGCUCUCUCUGGCUUCCACGACGACCAGCACUAUGUCAAGUUACUCGCACAUGAAACAUCCUGGUUUGAGUUUACCACCUCAUUCAACGUCGCUGCAGCCGCCCGUUUCUAUGAUGCAGCCAAUUAAUCAUGUGGAUGCGCCGAUAUCCACCGGCGCAACAACAAUCACGACACCCUCAUCAAAUAAUAGCCAUCCACAUUCACUCGCACAACCUGUGGAUUCGAGACAGGCGGUGGUGUCCUCCGGCGAGCCGCCUAGGAGCGAGGGCCCCGUCACGAGCAGCACUCUAGCCGCCUCUAAUGGCUUUCCUCCUCCUGCGGUUUACUCUGCUAAUUCGUAUCCUCCUCUAUAUGCUCCUUACGCCACCACGUUACAACACAGUCCAUAUUUACCACCAGCAGCGGCUUCGCCAAGGAAUACCAGUGACACGAGAACAAGCCUAUCAGCGUCUCCACUAGUCGCCCCCAAAACCCCGAAAGGCGUGCGGCCUCACACGCCGGGCUCUCUGGGCGCGGCGGGCGCUCCACACGCGCCGCUCUCCUACUCCCCGCGCGGGCACAGCCCAGGCAGGGAACGAGAAAGCUUCAGCAGCAACGUCAGCAGUCUGUCCCGAAGCACGCCUGCGUCUGCGGCGAGCGCACCCGUGUCGGCGUCUUCGCUGAGCGUGCCGCACGCAGCAACGGUGGCUGCGCCACUAGCCGCGCCAUUAGCUGCGCCACUAGCCGCGCCGCUAGCUGCGCCACUCGCUGCGCCGCUAGCUGCGCCGUUAUCAGCACCUCUAGCUGCGCCGCUAGCAGCUCCGCUGGCAGCUCCCCUGGCAUCGUCGUUGGCCGCACCGCUCGCAGCUCCAUUAGCAGCACCGUUGGCAGCACCGCUUACGACUUCCCUGGGCGCUGGGCUGACGGCACCGCUGGCCGCACCCACGCCCACGCCCGCUGCGCCCGCUCACCUGACGCACUCGCUGGCGCCUGUGCCCACCGUGCCCAGCAUCAGCUCCAGCGCCAAGCCGCCCGCGCACUGGGGGGUAACCAGGCCAACGGCAGCAGACCGGCCGGCGUUCCCCCCUGCGCCUCCUCUCUUUGGUGCUCCGCUAGCGCCGCCCAAUCCCAAUCCAUUUUCUGCAGAAUCACUUUUUCAAUCCAGUCCUGGGGCUGAUUUACUGAGGCGAGAGUUGGAUAAUCGGUUCCUAGCGGCGGCUGGUGCGGUGGGCGCAGUGGGUGGUGUAGGCGGCGUGGGCGUGGGGUCGGUGGGCGUGCGCACCGAGCUGCACCACCACCAGCACCAGCACACGCACGUGCACCAGCAUCAGCCGCACAGCACGCACCCCACACACCCCGCGCAUCCCACGCACCCGACACACCCCACGCACCCUGCGCAGCCCACGCAGCACCAUCCGCACCAGCUGUUGGUGCCGCACUCACCACUGUUUAAAGACGUUAGCAAAAUGUCAUCAUUGUACCGGACGGGGUUAGGACUCGGGUACCCGUACUCAUCAAGUCUGCUGCACCCCACGGCGCCCUACGUGCCCCCCUCGCCGCUCACCACCUACGCUCCCAAGCCCGUAGUGUCGGCCGCAAGCGACUCCGCCACUAAACCACCACCACGCCCCGCCGCCGCGAAAACUGGAAAAUGGAAUGCAAUGCACGUCCGCAUCGCGUGGGAGAUAUACAAUCACCAGCAGAAGGAGAAGUCGGGCGGCGCGCUGCUGAGCGGCGCGGACAAGGAGAAACUGCGCGCCUUCCCCGCGCCCGCGCCGCCGCCCCCCGCCUACCGCUCGCCCUACGAGCUGCCCUCACCCUACCUGCCGCACCACCCGCACCUAGGUAGCAGCCGAUACUCCGCCCGCCCCGCGCUCGCGCCCCUCACGCCUCUCGCCCCCCUCGCCCUCGCCACUCACAGAGAUUUGGGCGUUUCAGGGGUGUCGCCGUUCGCGCGCUACGGCGCAGGGGCUUUCCCCGGCGCGCCCGGCGCCUUCGGUCUCUCGCCCUACUCGCGCGACCUGGCCCUCUCUUCCUCCUUGCACGGCGUGCAUCACCCGCCACCGCUGGGAUUGCACGACGCGUGGCGCGGGGUGCGGCCGCCCGUCUCAGCCGCGGCCGAGGUGCGCCGGGAACACGAGGAGAGGGAACGCGCGCGGCGGGAGAGGGAGGAGCGCGAGAGGCGGGAACGGGAAGAACGCGAACGCCGCAAAGCGCGCGAGCGCGAAAUGGAGCGAGCCCGCACGCGCUCUCCGCUACGGAAUGGAGUACCCGAACCGAAAGACGAGCGCAAGGAACAGCCGCGGCCGCCGCCCACGCUGCCGGCGUAUCCGCCUCCCCCACCCUGGGACCCGUACCGAACCUUCGAUCCGCUGCAGCACAUGAGAUUCGCGCCGCUCGUGGAGGCGGCUAUUCGGGCGGAGGAGGACCGCGCCAAGAUGCUGAGCGCGUACGCGCACCACCAGCAGCUCAAGUCGGGGCCGCUGCUGCACCGCGGGCUGCACGGCGGCCACGUGGCGCACGGGCACGGGCACGCUCACGGUCCGCACGGCACCCACCCGGGGCACGGCUCGCUACAGCUGGGUGCACACGGCUCGCUCGCGCCCCUACCCCCACUCGCGCCGCCCCUAGCUCCCCUGGCUCCCCUCGAUCUGUUGAAAAAGGAGGAGCCGCGAUGAUAGCGACCCGCCCCCGCCCACAACUGAUGUAAAUACAGCGUGAACGAUACACCCAAGUGUGAGUACGACUUAUUUAGAUAUAUAUCGUUUCACUUUAUCGGUUUAGAGAAUUAUUUAUUGUGUUGAGGUGUGGCUGGAGCGGGGGGGCGGCGGGGGCGCUUCUCUUGUGCAAUACGGGGCGAGGAGUGGCGGGGAGUGCGGGCGCUCGUCGCCGCCGGCCGGUACACUACUGCUUGUUUAUUUACUGAGAAUAUCUAUCGAGUUGUUAUUGUGACCAUUUAGUUAAUUAUACAUUAAAUUGCUGAUUAUGUGAAGGAUAGGAUUAUCGGAAUCGCUAUCGAUAUAAUUAUACAUAUUUAUAUAUACUUAUAAAUAAAAUGUAAAUAUUAGACUGUAAAUUAGUGUUAAAAAUAUAGAAUUGGUUUAUUUAACGUCAUACAAAUGGAAUAAAAUCACAUAAAUUAUUAUCGUAUCGGGAGUGCAUUCUACACUUCCGUUAAAAAUCUCAUAAUGGUUUUUCGAUUGUACCAGUGGAGUUCUAUUUAUUUAUUUAUUUCCACUCCUGCCCUGCAUGUGUUCUUGUAAUUAAAACAAUUAUUUCUGUUACGUAGCAUUCGACAUUUCGUUUUGAUGCAUUUAAAAAUAUGUGAUAUUAUUGUAUUGUGGAAUACAUUUUGUCUGACAUCAAUAUUGUUUGACGUCUGUUUGAGAAAUAUAAAUACAUUAUGAAGGUAGAUUACAAAUUCAUAGAAUUGUUACUCCAUUGCAUCACCACACCAUUUUAUGUGUGUUUCAUAAUGGCGUGUUCUUAGAUAUGCUUACGUUCCAGGCGAAUAAUUUUUAUUAUUUAGUGAACUCUGUAUGUGCCAUUAACAUUAAUAAUUAAUGAGCAUCAAGUCAGACAAAAUUAAAUUUAUAAAAUCUUUUAAGGCAUAUUCAAUGGUUUGUAUCCUCAUGAUGUCAUGAACUUUAACUGGAAAAUGUAUUAUAGUUUACAAAAAAAAUAUAAUUCUGUAUACUAAAAAGUAAAUGAAAGCUUGGUGCGAUUCAGAAAAUACCAUUAAAACUUUUGAUUUUUAUACCAA